AGGGGGGAGGAGGCCGCGCGCCCCCCUCCCCGGCGCCAUCUCCCCCUGGCGGCUACUCCCAUGGGUGUCGCUGGGCCGCGCCAUGCCUAAGGGGGCGCCGCGAUGGGCCAAGGGGACGAGAGCGAGCGCAUCGUGAUCAACGUGGGCGGCACGCGCCACCAGACGUACCGCUCGACGCUGCGCACGCUGCCCGGCACGCGGCUCGCCUGGCUGGCCGAGCCCGACGCCCACAGCCACUUCGACUAUGACCCACGCGCAGACGAGUUCUUCUUCGAUCGCCACCCGGGCGUCUUCGCGCACAUCCUGAACUACUACCGCACCGGCAAGCUGCACUGCCCGGCCGACGUGUGCGGGCCGCUCUACGAGGAGGAGCUGGCCUUCUGGGGCAUCGACGAGACCGACGUGGAGCCCUGCUGCUGGAUGACCUACCGCCAGCACCGCGACGCCGAGGAGGCGCUCGACAGCUUCGGAGGCGCGCCCCUGGACAACAGCGCAGACGACGCGGACGCGGACGGCCCGGGAGACUCAGGCGACGGCGAGGACGAGCUGGAGAUGACCAAGCGCCUGGCGCUCAGUGACUCCCCGGACGGCCGGCCCGGCGGCUUCUGGCGCCGCUGGCAGCCACGCAUCUGGGCGCUUUUCGAGGACCCCUAUUCGUCUCGCUACGCGCGGGGAAGUGACAACUACGUGGCUUUUGCCUCCCUCUUCUUCAUUCUGGUCUCCAUCACCACCUUCUGCCUGGAGACCCACGAACGCUUCAACCCCAUCGUGAACAAGACAGAGAUCGAGAAUGUUCGGAAUGGCACGCAAGUGCGCUACUACCGGGAAGCGGAGACGGAGGCCUUCCUCACCUACAUCGAGGGCGUCUGCGUGGUCUGGUUCACCUUCGAGUUCCUCAUGCGUGUGGUCUUCUGCCCCAACAAGGUGGAGUUCAUCAAGAACUCGCUCAACAUCAUUGACUUCGUGGCCAUCCUGCCCUUCUACCUGGAGGUGGGGCUGAGCGGCCUGUCCUCCAAGGCGGCCAAGGACGUCCUGGGCUUCCUGCGCGUGGUCCGUUUCGUGCGCAUCCUGCGCAUCUUCAAGCUGACCCGCCACUUCGUGGGCCUGCGGGUCCUGGGCCACACGCUCCGCGCCAGCACCAACGAGUUCCUGCUGCUCAUCAUCUUCCUGGCCCUGGGGGUGCUCAUCUUCGCCACCAUGAUCUACUACGCCGAGAGGAUCGGGGCGCAGCCCAACGACCCCAGCGCCAGCGAGCACACGCACUUUAAGAACAUCCCCAUUGGCUUCUGGUGGGCCGUGGUCACCAUGACAACGCUGGGCUAUGGAGACAUGUACCCGCAGACCUGGUCCGGCAUGUUGGUGGGAGCCCUGUGCGCGCUGGCGGGCGUGCUGACCAUCGCCAUGCCCGUGCCUGUCAUCGUGAACAAUUUCGGGAUGUACUACUCCUUAGCCAUGGCUAAGCAGAAACUACCAAAGAAAAAAAAGAAGCAUAUUCCACGGCCACCGCAGCUGGGAUCUCCCAAUUAUUGUAAAUCUGUCGUAAACUCUCCACACCACAGUACUCAGAGUGACACAUGUCCGCUGGCCCAGGAAGAAAUUUUAGAAAUUAACAGAGCAGAUUCCAAACUGAAUGGGGAGGUGGCGAAGGCCGCGCUGGCGAACGAAGACUGCCCCCACAUAGACCAGGCCCUCACUCCAGAUGAGGGCCUGCCCUUUACGCGCUCGGGCACCCGCGAGAGAUACGGACCCUGCUUCCUCUUAUCAACCGGGGAGUACGCGUGCCCACCUGGUGGAGGAGUGAGAAAGGAUCUUUGCAAAGAAAGCCCUGUCAUUGCUAAGUAUAUGCCGACAGAGGCUGUGAGAGUGACUUGACCAGGCGGCUUGGCCGAGGACACUGGUGGCUAUUAAGCAUCUGGGUGGACCUGCAGCCCCUCCUCACCCUCGGACAGAGUAAAUUCACGCCAUGCAGGUUUGCCGGACGAGUCCGAGUGGCCCAGGCCUUGUGCUAGGACGGACGUAGCUUUUUCUACGGCCAAAUGGUAACUGACCGUAGAGGAUUUCUUUUCCUUCUUUUUAUUUUUUUAAACAUUUUAUUUUAUUUGGGGAGGGGGGGUGGAGGGCUUCCUUAGCAUGACUUGCAUGAAGCUCAACAGAAAACUCAGCACACCAAACGCACCCACCCCCUGCAACUGUAUGAUUACCCUGAACGACAACAAUCACGAAAAGAAAAGGCAGAAGCCCUCUAUUUUCUUUCAAAGCGCUUUACUUUUGCACACGUGGUUGGAGCCAAACUGUAAUGGCGUUCGAUAGAAACC